AUCAUGUUCCCUCUUCAACUCCUCAACCUUUUCUUCACGGCCUCCACACUGGAGGACAAGAACCUUCCGACCCCAGAUCCAAGCCUUUUCAAGCGUGGGGAUCUGCUGGAGGUCCCUAGGACCAUGUUCACUCACUUCGGUAUCUACCUGGGCGAUGGCCGUGUGGCCCACCUCAUCCCAGACAUCCUACCUCUGAUCACCAAGAACAAAGGUGCCAUCAGCACCAUGGUGUCCAACACCCGUUUGAUACUGGGGUCCAUCGCCAAGGUGGCGAGUGUCCGAGUGGACUCCCUGACCGACUUCGCCUACGGCUCAGAGAUCCUAGUCAACCACACGGACAAGCUAUGCAGCCAGCCUCCCUUGGACGGGGACGAGAUUGGCAGGAGGGCGGAGAAGAUGAUGGGCUCAGUCACCUACAGUCUGCUGUGGUACAACUGUGAACACUACGUCAUGUACUGUCGCUACGGGAUGGCCAUCAGCUACCAGACCUACCAGUUCUGUACGGCAACCAGGAAAAUCUUCUGCAGCAGGAUGAACGCCUACCUGACGGCCUUCUGUAGUAUGGCCACACUGUUCUACCUGGGCUGCCUGACGCCACUCACCACUCUACCCACCCUCGUGCUCCCUUUCACCAUCUGGAUGGCAUCUUAAAAGGACUGCAAACAAAAUGGCUGACGUCAAAAGACUCUAGAAUAGAAUGGCAGAAUGUUUACUAAGAGUGGAAACUAAGCUCUAUGGGAAAGGACAGAUUGAAACUGGCCGUGGAAGAUAACAAAUUGGUGUUGAAUGCAUUAACUAAACUUUGUUUUAAUUAUUAUUUAGUUACAGUGGAAGUUACGAGUUUAACUUUUAGUUCCAUAGGCUUGGGUGCAUCCUUUUAAAUAGCAGAACAUUCACUGUGGUCCUGGUAAUGACACAAAGACAAGCCAUGUUUUCUCUUAUGUGGAAAACUGUGUAAAUGACUGUAAAAAAGAAGAAACUGAUAAUAUUUUUAGUUGGCUUGGACAACGUGCAAUACAUUUUUGUAUUCCCUGUAACAUGGCGUACUGAUGGUCACUGACUUUCAAGUAAAUUGCCCUGGUCUCCUGUAGUCUUCUACUGUUCCCUAAUGAUCCCAAUACUGACAACAAGAUGGUUGGGUGACAAGAAAGACUGUCUCCUGCUUAAUGCAUUAAUUUCUAGGUCUCUUAUUUACUUAUGGAUGAAUUAGUGGU